UAAAGGCUUACGUUGCGCCCUGUCACCAUUGCGAAAUCUGAAAGACCAUGGAGGUCGUCGCGCUUAAUGAGCGCCUCCGCAGUGACUUCUCGACGCUGUUAAAGCAGCUUCCACCACCGUACGCCGUAUCUGCCUUCUAUGGUACGAAGAACUUUGCUUCUUCUACCAGAUCUGCGACCCCCGCGCUCAUGAACGACCGCUACACGCAGCACUGCCGCCUCAUGUUGUGGCGUCUCAAUUCAUACCAGUACGGGACUACUAGCGCGUUUCUGCUAGAUCUGGAACAGCUGGAACGCGUAGCUGAGUCUCCGGAGCUUAAGCAGCAGGUGCAACGUGUCUUAGAUCGUCUUGCAAGUUCUGAUAAUGAAGAACACGGCGUGGACGUCUCCAAUAGGACCGGAGCGACGGUUUCUUUAUGCUCGAGCUACGGCGCCCCUGGGCUACAGGAAGUUACGCCCAUUCGGUCAGAAGAAGAUGAUACAGUGAACAACACAACGUGGCUCUGUAAUGUUUCGCUUAGGGAUCAGGUCGUGACUAUCGGGACUUUCAAGAGUCAAGAAGAGGCGCUGAAGGGAUAUAAGAAGCAGAGGAAGAAGAUGGCCGAGAACGCUGCCAGCUUUAACAAGUUGAAACAGCUAGGAGCUAAACUAGAAGUGGAACAGCGUGAAGAGGAUAAACGGGUACUGAAGGAGGCAAUGGCUCAGUGCCAUCCGAGACUGAUGACCAUGAAGGUGUCGGCGGUAGUCCCUGCACCCCCUGGGAGCAGCACGACAAUACCUGCCAAAGGAAUCCCACGCUCCGUGGUGAAGAGUAUUGCAGCGGCUUCGUCCUCGCCUGCGACGAGUCCAGCGCCGUCAGAGUCUGGAUUGUCGCCCCCACGAGCAUCAAGAUCGUCUAAGCGACAAAGAGCGGAUUCCAAUUCGAGUGCUUCGGCCCAGAAGAAGCAGAGACUGGAGGCGAAUAACUCUGCUACUAGCCGUUCGUAUCUGAAGCUGCGGAGACUUAUCCAGAAGCGACUGUGUCGACACUUGAAAGGCCAGAAAGUUUGCGUGCUGCCAAACCCUGAUAAGAUCGACGAGGCGCGAUGGGUUGCUUCAGGACGUCUAGAAGCUGGCAAGGUGUUCUCUUUCGACAAGAAAAAGCAAAUGACCUUCGCAGACUACGUUCGAGACGAGCUGGGUCGUCCUGUAUCAGCAUGUGCUCACAUGUUCCUUGUUCGAACCAAGGAAAGUAUCGAUGAUCACUUGAAAGUGUGCGACGCGUUCUCAGACAAGGAACGCGAGCUCGGUCCACCCACUCAGCUGGAACCAGUGAAAAGCAAAAAGACAUCGCGCAGACGCUAAGCUGAGUGCUGAGAGCUGGUGGGUAUACAUCCUCCGUCUAAUAUGAAUCUCUUGCGCUUUCUACUACAUUCUUUUUUUUUCUUCACACCAACUCGCGCUAACGAAGCUAUGCUACGCUAUCUACCAUUUCCGCUUCAAGAGAAGCGCUCGCCUGUAACAGGACAAAGCUGGAGGUUGCUAUUGGUGCAGUUGUAAUGCACAACCUUCCCGUUCGGGUAAACAGCG